GAACAUCGGACACAUUCACAGUGACUUUCAUUUGUAAUGAUUCAUAUCCUGGAGAGCUUAAGUUUGUGCGUGAAGAGAUAAACACUGUGCUGAACAUCCAUGAUACUUUUUUUGAGUUUCACACAGCUCUCGCCUGUGCUCCUGCUCCUGUAGACUGCCAGGUUACAGAUGCUGCUGGCAAUGAGUAUGACUUAAGUGACUUGAGCAAAGAGAGUGAACCAUGGGUUGCUGUAGACACUUCAAAGGAAGCAAAGAAGCGAACAUUUUUCUUGAAUGUCUGCAAGCCUUUGCCCUAUGUGCCUGGAUGCCCUGGUGGUGCCAUAGGAUCUUGUGUGAAAUACACUGAUAAAAGCAAGAACCUUGGAGUCAUUCAGAUAAACCCACAGGCUGCUACUGAUGGGUCAUUAAGCAUUAUUUACUUGAAUGGUGACACAUGCAAAAAUAAGCAACGUUAUUCUACACGUAUAAUCUUCCAGUGUGAUCAAACAAUGGGAUCACCAGUGUUUGAGCAAGAGGAUGACUGUGAGUUUGUGUUUGUUUGGAGAACCUUGGCAGCAUGUCCUGUUCACAAAGCAGAAGGAGAGGAUUGCCAGGUGAAAGAUCCAAGAUACGGUCAUGUUUAUAAUCUGAAGCCACUUUCCAACAAAGACAUAAAAGUGAGUACAGAUGAGUAUGACUACUACUUCAGAAUCUGUGGAGAAAUAACAGAACCUUGCAAACCAGAGGCUCAUGCUGUGUCAUCAUGUCAAGUAAAGAAGAUGGACAAUACUUUCAGAAAAGUAGCAGGCUUGCUUACAGAAAAACUGACUUUCAAAAAUGGUUUAAUAAUGAUUAAUUACACCAAUGGAGAAAAAUGUCAUAAAAUAUAUGAACGAUCAACUGCUAUAUUAUUCUAUUGUGACAAGACUACUUCUGAGCCUGUAUUUUUGAAGGAAACUCCAGAUUGCACCUACAUGUUUGAAUGGCAUACUCAGUAUGCUUGCCCACCUGUUAAAUCUACUGAGUGCUCCUACAAGGAUGAUGAAGGAAACUUCUAUGACUUGUCAUCUCUGACACGGCAUAGAGAGAAUUGGGAGGCAAUUGCUCUAUCUGCUUCUGCACAGAAAUACUAUAUUAAUGUCUGCAAGCCCUUAGUACCAUAUGGUGCUGCACGUUCCUGUCCUUCUGAUGCGGCUGCCUCCCUCAUGGAGGGUGCAAAAUGUACAAGUCUUGGGGAAGUGGCUGAUGGUCCCCGGUGGGAAAAUGGCAUUUCUAUUCUGAAAUACAUUAAUGGGGAGCAGUGUCCCAAUAAAAUUCACAAGAAAACAACAAUAUUGCGCCUUAAAUGUGAUGAAAGCAAAAUUGAAUCAAAGCCAGAGCUUAUAAUGGCCAUUGAAGAUUGUGAAUAUACCUUCUUAUGGUUCACCGCUGCUGCGUGUCCUCUUAAAAGCAAUGUGCAAAAUGACUGCCGGGUAACCAACCCUGCAACAGGCCACCUCUUUGAUUUGACAUCACUAAAGCGAGAGUCUGGCUAUACCAUCAAUGACUCACACAACAGAAAAAUUGAGUUGAAUAUUUGUGCUGAAGCUAAAAGUUCAUGUGCUAAUGGAGCUGCUGUUUGCAUCACUGGUGGUCCAAAACCAGUUAAUGCUGGAAAACCGAGUAAAACGUUAACUUACAAAGAUCAAGUAUUAAACCUUGUCUAUGAGGAUGGAGAUCCUUGCCCUGCAGACCCUGAACUGAAGCAUAAAAGCUAUUUUAGCUUUGUAUGCAAGUCUGAUGUUGAUGACAGCCGGCCUGUUUUUCUGUCUUUUGAUGAGCAGACAUGCACUAGUUACUUCUCUUGGCAUACUUCUUUGGCUUGUGAGGAAGAG